UUCAUACUUUCGGUCCUUUAGGUUUGACUUACACGCUGCUUUCCUUUUUUGAAAUUGAGGAUCUCCUCUGUUCUCUCGCUUCAUCGCGUCCGGUCGCGUCAAUCACCCAGUCGCUCUUUACACCUGACUCGAGUUCGCGCGUACUCUGCCUGCGAAACAGACCGCCAGUUGUCCUUCGGAGCCCCUAAUGAUAUCCAAUCGCGCGUGUAUCUAGGUCAACUCCGUGAACUAUUUGCUUUACGUUAAGUUGUGGGGAGCCGUUCCCAUAUGUAGUUGUUGGCGCGGACCCUGCGAGUCCUUUCGCAAUUCCAUGGCCGAGACGGUGUCCAUUACGAUAUGCGGUGAUGGAGGAUGUGGCAAGUCGUCAAUUACAUUGCGACUUGUGAGGAGCCAGUGGACUCAUGAGUAUGAUCCAACUAUCGAAGAUUCAUACUCCGUCACCCGUACUGUGGACGGCCGGCCGUAUUUCCUUUCCCUCACCGAUACCGCGGGGCAAGAAGAGUACCGUGGUUUAUGGGCAGCGUCAAAUUUGAAAUCAGAUGCGUUUCUUCUCGUUUACGACAUUACGAACGCUUCAACCUUGGACGCCUUGGAUUCUUUUAUGGAUAUGAUUGAUUUGGAAGCUGAAAAUAGGCUUGAGAGUAAUCAGCGCUUGAUUAAGCAGUCACGAAAGACUAGUCCAGGAGCAGAACGGUUUGCCGUAGGCAUGGCCCCGCCAGUUACCAUUGUCGCCGGAAACAAAUGCGACCUCAAGGACGCGCGGACUGUGAGCGCAAGGCAAGGUUUGGAAUGGGCUAGAAAGCGGGGGUGCGGGUUUAUGGAGACGAGCGCAAGAGAAAUGGUAAAUAUCGAAGAGACCUUUGCCCUGAUCGUUCGUCGCGUUGUUGAGGCCCGACGCAUCCACCACCUACAACAAUUCCCACCCACUAGCCAGGUCCUACCACCGCCGAGUUCACGACCGCCCAUGGAACGAACGACCUCACAACUCAUCGCGCAUUCUCAUACACCACCUCUUACAGCUCAUGAGCGAGCUUUGAGCGAUGCUGUAUACAAGGCGCAGGGAGAGGGGUCCCAGAAGCAAUGGCUUGGCUUAGGAAGAGCUCUUUCGAAGAAGAUUGCGAAAAUCCGGAAGAACAGUGAUACUCCGGCCCCGACUACCGACACCCCGCGGCGGCGGAGCAGAGCAGAAUCCUCGGCAGCAAGGUCUCACAAGAGGAAAAUCUCUAGCGCGCAAAGUAAAGCUAACAACCAUGAAAGCACAGGACAGCAAGGAACCCAGCGAAAUGAACCAAGCUAUUCUCGGGAAGAUGAUGCCCCCAAACCACAGGAAAGCGAGGACGGGAAUUCUAAGGAGAGUUGGUGGAAACGAGUUAAUUGCGCUCGCUCUUAA